UUGACAAACUUGACAGGUGUCUGCAGCCAGCCGGUCGUGGUAGCUGAAGGAAUCUGGCUGACACAUCGGACCUGCCAACCAGUCGCUCAGUGAGGGGAAAUAUUAUUGGACACACCAGCUGAGAUCACAAAUAUAAAGCCUUCGUUUCAGCGUGAACGGAGACUUUUAGUGGCAGUGAAAACUUUUAAUUAUCAUGAUGGCAGUCCUGGGGAGCGCUGGUCGCUUGAUCCAAUUUGCCAGGAGCAGUGUCAGUCUGAGUGUGAGGAGACGAUCGACUGCUGCUGCUUUAGCCCAGACUGCAAGUCCGGAAGCACAGGAGAACAGGAAACCUAAGACAGGCAUCUUGAUGCUGAACAUGGGAGGACCCGAGAAACUAGAAGACGUCCACGACUUCCUUCUGCGGCUCUUCAUGGAUACAGACCUGAUGAAGCUCCCUGUGCAGCACAAGCUCGGCCCGUUCAUCGCCAAGCGCCGCACGCCGAAGAUCCAGGAGCAGUACAGUAAGAUCGGAGGGGGCUCGCCCAUCAAACACUGGACCUCCAUGCAGGGAGAAGGCAUGGUGAAGCUGCUGGACGAGAUGAGCCCCGACACGGCUCCUCACAAGUUCUACAUCGGUUUCCGGUACGUUCACCCGCUGACGGAGGACGCCAUCGGGGAGAUGGAGAAAGACGGAGUGGAGAGAGCGGUGGCCUUCACACAGUAUCCUCAGUACAGCUGCUCCACCACAGGCAGCAGUCUGAAUGCCAUCUACCGUUACUACAGCAACAGAGGCGAAAGGCCAAAAAUGAACUGGAGUGUCAUUGACCGCUGGCCCACACACCCUCUGCUGGUGGAGUGUUUUGCAGAACACGUCAAUAAUGAGCUGCUGAAGUUUCCAGAGGAGAAGAGAGACGACGUUGUCAUUCUGUUCUCAGCACACUCACUUCCAAUGGCUGUUGUAAACAGAGGUGACCCGUAUCCUCAAGAAGUGGGAGCCACAGUUCAGAGAGUCAUGGAGAGACUGGGACACUGUAACCCUUACAGACUUGUGUGGCAGUCCAGGGUGGGGCCCAUGCCGUGGCUCGGCCCCCAGACCGACGAGGUGAUCAAAGGUCUGUGUGAACGAGGGAAGAAGAACAUCUUGCUGGUGCCCAUCGCCUUCACUUCUGACCACAUAGAAACUUUACACGAGCUUGACAUCGAGUAUGGACAGGUGCUCGGGGAGGAGUGUGGCGUGGAGAACAUCAGGAGAGCUGAGUCUCUGAAUGGAAACCCUCUCUUUAUGAAGGCACUGGCAGACCUGGUCCACUCCCACCUCAAGUCCAACCAGCCCUGUUCCCGCCAGCUGACCCUCCGCUGCCCGCUGUGCACCAACCCCAUCUGUGGAGAGACCAAGGCCUUCUUUGCCAGCCAGACACUCUCAUAGAAGCAAACACACACACACACACACACACACACACACACUCUGGUGCCCUUCCUGCAACAGCGCUACUCAUGUAGAAACUUAAGGCCUUCUUCAUAAACUUCAUAAACAAAAGACAUAAAUCCGCAGCAUCUUUCAAGCAAGAGUGUCGGUUAUAUAGAGAAUGUAACAUGGAAGAACAGGCCAAAUGGUUUCUGCGCACGCAUUUUGACAAACUGCGUCUGCGUGUUGGACGAGAAGAGAUUAGCUGCAUUUUUAUGGGAAAAAUAAACUUAGAGAUAAAAAAGUGGGUCACACUCUCUUUUGCAGUUUGUACAUUAUUUAAUAAUCAGUGAAAUAAGUUACAUUCAGUUUUGGAUGCACAGAUAACAUUGGUCUUUUCAUGGAAUUUGUAGAGAAAAGGGAAAAAAAAACAAAUGUAUCUUUUAAAUAGCUAAGUCAACUCCAAAGCUUGAGUGGUUGAGAAAAAUUAAAAUUAAUUAAAAAAAAACAAAAUGCUGAUGACAUUUAAAAUGAACCUGCUGGGACUGAUGCCUGCCCUUAACCUGAGAUCACCUGGAUAUUCUUGAAUCAGUAAAUAUGUCUGAAGCAGCACGUCACACAGGUUAACACAGGAUUGUCUGUGUUAGGAUUCGCGGAUGCCAUUUGGUCAAAGUCUGUGCAGAUAAAAGAACUGACACUCUGCAGAAACAACUGCUCACAUCACGCCAGAGCUACAGGGAAAAAGCCUUGCACUAUUUUAUUGUUAUUUUAUUUUAUUUAUUUAUUUUUUUUUUGUGUGGGGGGCUUUUUUUUUUUUUUUUUUUUAAGUACACCUUGCUUGCUUACAUUCCUUUCACUUAGCCCUUGCACACCUUCUUUCUCUUCUCGCUGGUGCUAAACAAAUAGCAGUCGGCUGUGAUGACAACACCACACACACUGGAUCUUUGGGAUUGGUUGGUUGUUUCUCUCCCCCCUUCUCACCUUCUCACCUGUCACUUCACACCACUGGCCCACCGGCCGGUAACUUCGCCCAUCCUGCUGCAACCCUUGUAGUGAGAGUAGAAGGGACUGGUGCUCCUCAAAAUGCUUCUGCCUCAGAGGUGAAAAGCAGUGAGCUUAAGAAAGAAAAAAAAGAGCUGUUUAGAGCUAUUUGGAGUCAAGUGGUUUAGCUUUUGCUGUAUCAUGACGGCAACAUUAAAGAAAAAAAAUAAUAAUAGAAAAUUGUUAAUCCUGCUUCUGUGCAUGUUGGUGCUGCAUAGAAAUAACAAAGACCUUUAAAGACAUUGGUGUAAACUCUUCAUGUAACCAGAGUGCAGGCUUAAUCCAUUUUAAAUAAAUAAAUGUGGUCCGAACUUCUCAGGGUGUCAGGAAAUAAUUUAGGGUGUCAUGAGAUGGUUUACAAGCUAGUAGAACUAUGUAGUUACCUUUUUUUUUUUUUUUUUGGUUUUCUCCUGCUGUAAUUUUAACCUCUCAACCUCCACUUCUAACAAAUUAAAAACAGAAAAGGGAAAAUUUAACUCGUAACCUUUUUACUUGUGCAGCCUGUGAGGUGAUUGUUCCAAAUACUUGUAUAAGGAGUACAGGGUCCCCAUUAGGUUACUACACUUGAGAAACGUACCACUGUAUUGCAGCUUCAGGAGAAAGACCUUGUAUAUGAAUUAUAUAAGUCCCUAUAUACAACAAUUACAUGGGAAUUUGCCGUCACCACAUCUGAAUAUAAUACAAAGGAAAAAUAAGAGCAAGCCAGGCUACUAACUUGUUAGUUUCUCUACUUUGCGAGUGGAGUACAAGCUAAACAGUAUCAUGGGUCCUCCCAAAUGCUGAAUGCUAUUGGGUCACUAUGGGGCUAACUGCCCCAUAGUGAUGUCUAUAGUUUCUAUCUGAAGCCUCUCUUAUUAUUAAAAAUAAUAAAAAAAAAAAAAACAUUUUGAGCCUCUGAGCUAAUUAUGUGCAGAUACUACUUACCAAUACUGAUUUAAUACAUUCAUCAAUAUCAGAAUAGCUCAUAGACUGAACAGUUUUAGUUUGAGGCAAUAAGAUGCAAACAUUUUACAUUUAAUUCAUAUAAAAUCACAUCAUUUGAAAGUGUGAGAAGCGCAGAAGAUAAAGCGUCUUUAGUGGGACGGCAUGAAAAGCAUUGAAGAGCAUUUAACUACAGUGAUGUUAGAAUUGUCCUUCAAUGGAAAGACGCAGUUUGUGUUCAUUAUACUGUGUGGAGAAGUAGCACAGAUGUGUCAGAAUUACAUAUAUUGAGUGUAGGAUUAGAGUUUCACUUUAAUGUCAUUUAACUUUGAUUUCUGUCUGUCUAAGCUUCAUUGCAUUUUUUUUUUUUGUUCUGUUUUUUGUCUUCCCAUGCCUCCCCGAUCACAAUGCAGUAAACUAAAUGUGAGAAAUCUAAUUGAAUUAGUCAGUAGGUUGAAUCAAAGAAUGCUUUAUCUUGUUGCACUCUUAGGUGCUGUAGCUCCAGAAAAUCCCUUGAAGGUCACAGGUUUGAUCCCAUUUUCUGUACCGCUCGCUCGAGACGAGACGCCCUAAUAAUGUGUAAGCGUCCAAAUAAAUACACACAAUAUGGGUAGUAACUUGACCUUUGACCUCUAACCCUGUUCCUCCUCUACUCUUUCUAUCUUGUUAUGCCAUGACAAUGUGCCUUUUACACUGGCUAACUAGAAAUACUCGACUUGUGCAUUAUGUUAGUUUUACAUGUGCGUUACCAAAAUGCUGACAGGAAAAAUCCACCCUGAAAUCUGAGUUUCCAUGUGCCUGCUGUGAUCUGGGCCAUCAACAGCUCUCCACCAUGCUGAGUUCUAGAACAAAAGAGCCUCACUUUGGUGUUUUAUAUUCAAAACUGCUGUUAAUGAACUCCAAGCUAGCGAUCUAAUCUGCUAACAGUAAGCUAACCUCAUAUUGCGCAAGCUAGCAAACUAAGUAGCACUUAUUUUUCUGCUGCUUAGUGUGCAUGGCUUUCUUCUUUAAACUGUGACACACUACAUACCACAAGCAAGA